AUUUAUUAAGAUUAAUGGAGUAUAUUUUUUUUUUCUGUAGAAACUGUCGUUAAAUAUGUAUACCACCAGCUAAUUAAGUUGGGGCGAUUCCUCUUUCCGCGGCGGCGAUUAGGAUUUAGGGCACGGCGACCACAUCUACGGUACACUCCGAUAUCGUUGUUUAUGGCCCAUCCAUGUAUACAAACCAACCCUUAAUCUCACCGGCCUCAUCACGGCGCCUGUACAUGUGCCCGAUCACCGGCCGGCCAUUACGAUAAUCCAAAAUUAAAUCAUGGCCGAUGUACAACAACAAGCCCUAUUGUCGCCGCCUCAUAGAUGAAGUCAUAGACUUGAGAGAAAGAUUACUGAGAUUGGGAGUGCCAACCCACACUCCGCAGUUAAACAAUCUAUCAUUCAUUCAUGUAAAAGUUAAAACAACACAUACUUCGCAAUUGAUCAAUCCAUCAUAUCUUUGUUUUGUUUGUUGGAUUGGGCACAUAAGAAUCACAAAUUUUCCAUGUUUUUUUUUGUUUUGUUUGUUGGAUUGGACACAUGAGAACCCCAAACCUUCCAUGUUUUUUUUUUACAAGUUGCUGGCUGCCAGGUCGGAGAGCACACAACACAAGCAAGCUAUGGCAGAAAGUGACAAGAAUGGGGAGGACAAGUGCGAGAUGAGGGAUACGGUUGAUAAGAAGAAACAGGAGUGGAAGCUGACAUGGGAAGAGAAGGUGGUCGAGGUCCUUCACAUAGUUCGCUGCAGAGGCUUUACUGAAUAUAACCACAAGCUUCUUCGCUCUCUUCCUACUCGCUUUCACACCCACAACAUUGCCUUCUUUGACCUUGAUAAAGAAUCAAAGCUUGGGCGUGGACCACCAGUGAAAAAGGCUCUUGCUUCCUCUGAAUAUUGGAGGAUGAUGGACUCUGUCAAUGUCAUCGCGAUCAAGGUGACCGAGUCUGAUGUGAGUUACCCUAUCAGCAUAUUUGGCACUGUGUUGGCCAGGGAUGUGUACGACUACAGGUGUAUCUAUUUGUUCAGGCGUGGCAGGGACGAUGCCCAGAUCAUCACCUCACCGGAGGAUACUCUACUUUUGACAGGACCUAAUCGAGCACUUGCUGCAAGUGAUAAUAUAUAUUUCGAGUUCCAUCUGAAGAUCAAGGGUGAUGAAGGUGUCGACAAAGAUUUCAGCAAAGGUCUGCUAGAACACAGUACCAUCUGUUACACAAAGCAACCCAUGACUUUGUCACUGGAAAGCUUGUUGAGUACAAUUGAAUUUGUGUAUACCCCUGUUCCAUGUGCUGUUGAAGCUUCAGUUGCAGUCAGCAUUAAGGGGCUAGUAUCAUCCAAGUUCAGUGGCAAAGUAACUGCUUGGACUUCUGGAGACGAUGAAAACAAGAUCAUUCUAUAUGACAGUGAAGUGAAAGGCACUAACAGAGCACUUGGACCUGGUGGAUCAAUCGAUUUGACUCGUCGUUUUGUCGCUGUGAAACUGGAUGAUACACUGGUGCUCAAUGUCUCUGUUUCUGAGGGCGACCACCAUGAAGAAGCUGAAUUGUUUGAGCUCGUUGUAGGUCACGAUGAUGAUGAAGAAGAAUGUAUUCGUCAGCAAGGUCCUUAUGAGCUGCAGGUGAAGGUUGUUUGGACGGCAGGCUUGGAGGAGAGUUGGCGGCGAAGGUGCGUGGAAGUUGGGGACAACUACAUAUUGCUGUGAUAUCUAUGAUGAUGGAGUUGAUGGCUAUGGGGAACAUGUUCAGUCUCAAGCAGUUUUACUGCCCUAGGUUAACGAUUAACAUUGUUCAGUUGAUCUAGUGUUUUGCUCCUUUGCAGCUCAAGGAGUUUGCCUGCAAUGCUUGUUUAGUUAAAAGUUAUCGAUGUACCGGUAGUCUGUAAUGCCCAGUAAACAUGGAUAGGUCUAGCAUGCGUGCUACGUACUUCAUCACAACCAAAAAUUAUGCAUUAACCGUGAUCACUUGUUCUGAAAAAAGAAUAGGGGUAUGUUAUUCUGAA